GCUAUAGAUAGUAUUUACAUAACUACAUAGUACAUAGUCUGUAGUAGCAACUAGCAAGUAGUAGUUAGUAGACAGUAGUUACUAAUUUACUACUUUGCUAGUUGAGUAGUAUUGGCGAUUCAUAAGGAGCACAGUUUUUUAUAUUAUUAAAUUUAUUAACAUUGCAAUAUUAAUAUGAUCAUAGAAAAUAGUGAUUACACAGAACACACUAUAUUCUGUAAUUCUGUUUCCUUUGGCCUUUACUCUGUUUGAUCAGUAUUACUUAAUAAAUUCAAAUUUGAAUUGAGAUUAAUUUAAUAUGUACAAUUUGUAUAUUUAAAUUUAAUACCUACUGAUUACCUAAUAUAUCAUAUCUUAAAAUUCACUCAACAGUAAUAAUAACUUAAAAUGUAAAUAUGUUCGAUUUUUGUUAAAUGGAUAACUGAUGUCUAACUUUAAUAUAUAAUAAACACAAAAGUCAAACAUUAUAUCAAUACAAUCAUCAUGUUUAUACAUGGCAUAUAUUUUAUUUGUCUAUACUUGUUGUCAAUCUCACAUAAGCUUGAAAGCUCGGAAAUAGUCAUAACAAUUUUGAGUCAACUAAAUGACUAUAAUGCAGGACAAGCUCUCAGAUUAAAGAAUAAUAUUUUGAAACAAACAAAAUCAAUUAAAGAUCCACGACUAGGUGGUGUAUAUAUGCUUCAUGAACAUUUUCCAGAACCUGGGAGUUGGACUAUUAUUCCAAUUUUAAAACUAUUGUAUAAAAAUAAUAAAAAUGCAAAGUGGUUUUUAUUUUGUGAAGAAAACGCUUAUGUGAAUUAUGAAAAUUUACAAUUACACUUAAGAGAAGAACACUCUAAUGAAUCAAUAUGGAUGGGAUAUGGUGUAAAAGAUAAACAUCCUACAAUAAUUCAUCAUUAUGCAUUUGAAGAAAAUGAAAAUGAAAGAGUUGCUUACCCUUUGUUUGCUGCAGGAUUUGUUAUGUCUGCUGGGCUGCUAAAAGAUAUUGCCAAUAUAAAUGUUGAAACUUUUGGUUCAGAUUUUUCAAUCGAUGCAUCUUAUGAGUUAGCAUUAGUGAUCAAUAAAAAAAUUGAACAUCUACCUUUGAAAUUUUGUUUGAAACUUUCACCAGACUGUAUUGUUCAUCCUUUAUCUGAAAGAAGUGACUGUACACAUUAUGGAAAGGUGACAAAAGAUUCAAUAUAUUUUGCUGUGAAAACAUGCAGUAAAUUUCAUUCAAAUAGAGUACCAGUAUUACAAUCUACUUGGGGCCGAGAUGCCGUGCAUAUUGAAUACUUUAGUGAUAAACUUGACGAUACGAUACCAACAACUGUAUUAGAUGUGCCAAAUACUGAAAGAGGACACUGUCUAAAGACUAUGACAAUUUUCAAAUACUUAUCAAAAAAACUUUUGUCAAAUAAAGCUGUGAAAUGGAUUGCUUUGACAGACGAUGAUACUCUUUUGAGUGUUCCUCGGUUAGCAUCGAUAUUGAGCUGUUGGAAUGGUCAGCAAAUAGCACUUGGUCAAAGAUAUGGUUACAAUAUUCGAGGAGAUCAGUCUUUAGGAUACAAUUAUCUAACAGGUGGAGGAGGUAUUAUACUUAAUGUAGCAUUGGUCCAUAAAUUGACCACUUGCAAAUGUUAUGCACCCGAUGCGCCCGAUGAUAUGGUAUUAGGCAUGUGUUUGAAAGCUUUAAAUGCUACAGUGGUCCAUUCUCCAGUUUUCCAUCAAGCUAGGCCACAAGAUUAUGCUGACGAGUAUUUGGAAUCCUAUCCAAUGAUAUCUUUUCAUAAACAUUGGAUGAUUGAUCCAAUAGAAGUCUAUCGUCAUUGGCUUUAUCAAGACUCUUCUUUUGGACAUGAUGAACUUUAAAAGAACCUGAAAAAACAGGAAAUGCUAUAUUACUAUUACCAAAGAGAUCAAGAAAAAUAGCUACUUCAAUACAUGUGAUUGCUUACAAACAACAUCUGUUUUAAAUGUCUAACACUUAAUUGGAUCAAAUACAAUGACAAUUAUGAAUAGUUAAAUAAAGUUAUUUGAAGUAGUGUAUUACA